AUGGCUGACUCUUGGAAAGAUGGAAUCCUCCUCAAAAUAACCAACAUUAUCGUCUACUUUGUUUUCCUGGGAUCCAACAUAUACACCGUCGCCUCGCCCUCUUCCAUCUACUACUACGGCAAGGAGACCUACAUCACUCCCGCUCCCUGGGCUUUCCUCAUCUGGUCUCUCAUCCACAUUCUCCUCCUCGGCACAGUCAUCUACCAGUUCUUCCCCAGCGGCAAAAAGACAAUCGUCGACGGCAUUUCCUGGCGCUUCCCUUUGCUCGGCCUUCUCAACGCCAUCUACGUCAAUCUCUGGUCCACCCACCAUUAUGUCAUAGCCUUUAUCUUUUCUCUCCUUGUCAGCUCCGCCGUCACUCACAUCUACUACAUCGUCAAGAAACACCACAGCGCAGAGUCCUAUGGUGAUGAACUUUUCAUCCAUCUUCCAUUCUCUCUCUACCAUGGCUGGACAACCGUCUUGGUCGUUAUCACCGCUUUCGAUGCCUUUGGUGUGAGCAGCCUCACCCAUCACGCUGGUGUCUGGACCAAGGUCUUUGUCUUCCUCGCUCUUUUCUUCCUCGAAGCUACCGCAGCCACCUAUGCCUUCUCGACUCCCGAAGGUGAUCUCCCGGCCUCCAUCGCCAUCGCCUGGUCUCUCUGGGCCAUCUUCGCCCACCAGACUUCCUCCGGAUUCGUCCACUGGUCAUCCCUCGUUUUCGCUAUCCUUGCCCUCAUCUGGGUCGUCAAGGGGGCUGUUGGCCUCGUCCUCCGCUCUCGCAGCGGCAGGAUCUCUCUUGCCGACGAGGAACGUGCUCCUCUCGUCGGUUGA